AUAGAACUUGAAAAAUGAGAGAUCAUAAUAAUUUUUCAUUUUGUAGAAAAUAAGAUCCAUUAUUAAUCUAACAAAUCACCAACACACAGAUGGAAACAAUAAUCACCGUCCUUAGUUCAUCACUCAGCAACAGGCGGCAGCUUCUGCAACCAAAAAAAUAAUUAAAAAAAAUUAUCUAAAAGUAACAAAAAAAAUGACAGGCAUCUGAACCCAAAACCAAAACUUGUUGGGAAGAGUUUCAACAAAAAAAAAAAAAAAAAGACGUAGAAUUAGAAUACCAAGAAAGAAGAUGUCCACACAGAGACACGGUAAUUCUCCUUCCACAUCUCCUGAAGAAAACGCUAUGUUCCUUGAUAUACUUCAUGAGGCUCCUUUAUGUGGUCACCGGAAACGCAGGAGUAUUUUUGGAGCUGUUGUCUACUGUGUUCUACUGGCAAGUUAUGCUGUUUUGGGUGCGAUAGCUCCCUUUGUAUUUCAUCACGGAUUGGUCCCACCGCUGCUUUGUAGUUGCGAUGUUGCUCUUCUAAUAGUCACAGGCAUCUUCCAACAAUAUUUUGUUUCUCAAGUCCAAAAAAUUCGUUUACAGGGCUAUUAUAGUUUCAGCCAAAAAUUGAAGCAUGUUGUUCGCUUACCAUUUGCCAUUACUGCCUAUGGAACUGCUGCAAUGUUGCUUGUCAUGGUAUGGAAACCACAAAUCAGCUUUCUUUCAAUCCCAGCAUUACUAAGGAUUAUUGUGUUGACUGAAGCAAUAUGUGCUGUGUCCUUUUUGAGCAUCUAUGUUGGUUAUCUACAGAAGUACAAUUCAUUAGAUUCUCAGCCUGAUAUUUUGAAGUCAUUAUAUUCUCCACUCCAGCAAUCAAGUUCUUUAGAAGGCUUGAGGUAUCAUGAUGGUGGUCGACUUUCUGAUCAGCAAAUGGCUUUACUUCAAUAUCAGCGUGAGAACCUUCAUUUUUUGAGUGAGGAGAUUCUUCAUUUGCAAGAGUGCCUAAGCAAAUAUGAGCGGUCUAAUGAUGGGAGCACACCUCAGGUUGAUCUUGCUCACAUGUUAGCAGCUCGUGAACAGGAAUUGCGGACACUUGCUGCUGAGAUGAAUCAACUGCAAACUGAGCUAAGGCUUGCUCUGUCUUUGAUUGCUGAGAGGGACUCUGAGGUACAGCGAGUUCGCACUACAAACAAUCAGUACGUGGAAGAGAAUGAAAGGCUCAGAGCUAUUUUAGGGGAAUGGAGCACAAGAGCAGCGAAGCUUGAGCGAGCAUUGGAGGUUGAGCGUCUGUCAAGUCUUGAACUGCAAAGGAAGCUGUCAACUGGAAGAAUUCAAUCAAAUGGAUCACCUGAACAAAGCUAGCAGCACACAGCUUAGUUGCCCUGAAACUUUCCCAUAUUGUCAUUUCUCGGGAUUUUUUAGUUCCAUGAGGACAAGAAGGAUCAAAGUGCCACUUUUACAGGAGUAGAUGGUCGAAUGUAUAUAACAUAACCUUAAGGAAACUAGUUGAGGAAGCAGUUGCAUAAUGAUUGCAUAUCUUGCUUGAUGCA